AUGGCAGUGCUAGAUUUACAUUCAACGGAUUCUUUAAUUCCUGAAUUUGAAUCUUUACCUCGUUGGUUACUUAUCCCAUUUAUAAUAAUAUCAAUAUUGGAAAGUAUUAUUGGUAUUAUUGGAAAUAUUCUUGUUAUAUUUAUCAUAUUAUUUUUGAGUAAAUCAAAUACACUACAAACAUCACACAAUUGUUUUAUUAUUAAUUUAGCGUUGAGCGAUUUUGUUUUAUGUUUAUUUACAAUGCCUUUAAAUACUUAUCGAAGUUUGUAUGUUUAUAUGUCAUUUCCACCAGCCUUUUGUAAACUGGCAGAUAGCUUUCCAGCUAUAAAUAUAUGUGUAUCAUCAUUAACUAUUGUCACAAUAUCAGUCUAUCGUUAUUUAGUAGUAUAUUAUCCACAUAAAAAUUUUAUUGGAGUAUGUUCAACAUGUAUUAUUAUGAUUUCUAUAUGGUUGUUAGCUAUCGGUGCGGCAAGUCCACUAUUUUUUUAUUCAAGAUCAAUACCAGCUUAUGAUGAAUCUUUGAUUGAUACGAUGGUUACAGAUAUUUGUAGUCAAGAAUUAAAUAGUUCAUGUGAAGAAAAAUAUUUUAGUAUGUACAAACGUUUACAUAUUUGUCAUGAGUCAUGGCCUAAGCAUAGUGGAUUACAACUUUCAUACACAAUAUUUAUGCUUUUUCUUCAAUUUAUUCUUCCGAUUUUAAUUAUUUGUAUUACUUAUUAUCAAAUAGUGAUCAAAUUAAGAGAACGAUUUCGAUUUCGUUUCUUAAUGAAACGUAAUAAUAUUGCUUCAUUACGUCAUGAAAUCUCUCGACAUCGACGAAAUAAUGUACUUCUAUUAUUGAUUGUAUCACUAUAUGCAGUUAGCUGGUUACCAUUUAAUAUUUCAUACAUCUUAUUUACAUAUACUAAUCAAUUUCAGACAUCAGAAGAUACUCAGCCUUCUCCUGAACGAACAUCAAAUGAAUUAUCAAAAUAUCUUCCGUUACGUUUUCUAAUAUGUAUGAUAUCAGCAAUGUCAAAUCCAUUUCUUUAUAGUUAUUUCAAUGAAACAUUUAAGCAUGGGAUCAGAAAAUUGUGUUCAUUGUGUUGUCCACAAAUGAAUAUUGAGAUACGCCAAAUUACUAUUGAUCAGAGUACAAAUUCAGCACAUAGAAUAAAAUUAGACAAAAACUAUUUUAAUGAUAAACAAAUGAAUUCAACAUAUAAUCAGUCACUAAGUACAUUUAGUGAAAAUCUACGAUACAAUUCGUCGAUUUCUCGAUUAAAUAAUGAGCCAUCAACAAAAUUAAUUGUUUUAAGUUCAAAUAAUUCUUCGAGAUCGAUGCCAUCUCAUUUAUAA